AUGUCUUCAUUAGAUGAAAGGUUAAAGCAAGCCAGAGCGAAAGCAUGGCUGAAAACAGAUAGAAGUACACCUUCAUCAUCAGUCACAAAAGCAACUGCAACUUCUCAGCAACAUUCAACAUUGCCUUCAUCUAAUGAUAUCGUAGGAAAGGAUGACAUCGAAGCAUUGAUAAGAGCAACGAGAGAGGAGGUGCAUAUAGAGAGAUCACAUCAAUCUUCUGAUAGUCUGGAUGAUGAAGAGACGGUUGACAGCACUGAGCUGGAAGAUUGGUUGAAAUCAGAUCAACCAACAAUACAAGAACCUGUGAUAAGCAAACGUACGCUGGACGACACCAAUCGACAGGCUACUCAUUACGAGGGUUUAGCCAAAGAUGCAUUGCGAGACCUUCACAAUGACAAUCAGACAAAGCAUCUACUCUCACAGCAAAACAUGCUAAGCACCUUUAGCGAUGAUGGCCAGCCUUCAAAAAACAAAUCUUCUUCCUUACUGGUCGUGGAGCCAAAAGAGAAACCCCAAAUGGUCAGAACAAGUUCACAUGGCAGUAUACCCGGCAACACCGAACCAGAGCCCACAUUGGAAGAUGAUCUUGCAGACGCUAUGAACGAUCACGCAGGUAGCUCGAGCAAUCACAUCAAGCCCAACAAAGAAGCACUGAGUCCCGCUACUUCAUUCAAUGAACCAGACGAUCUCACAGCAAGACUAGCUCGCCUUCGUGUACAGAAUAUGAAUAUAAGCGUAUCUGGAACAAAGGACAGCAAGGACAGCCUUGAAGACGAAGAGGUCGAUGAAACUCUUUCUGGACUGCUCAACCUACCAAGUGCUCCGAAAGACAAGCCACUUUUCAUACCCAGCGAAAGUAUCAACAACAUCGAUGAGGAUGAUGAAGGGCGUGAUAUGUCUGCUUUCAAUGCUUUGGCACAGCUGGAUGCAACGAAGCUCGCUGCACCUUCUGCAAAGAUACCAAAGACAGCUGACCCUACAAAUGAUGGAAUAGGAAAUCCAGACGAUUGGUGCUGUAUAUGCAACGAAGACGCAACGGUUGCAUGCAAGGGAUGCGACGAUGAUCUCUAUUGUGCUUCAUGCUGGCAUGAAGGUCAUGACGAAAUGGACGAAGAUGAAAAGAGGGAACAUCGAAGAAAGCUGAUCGUCAAAAAAGAUAAUAAGAAACGUGCUAUGGUGGCCGCGUAA